CCAAAAGUCCCCUACAUCAACAGCAGGAAACUGCCAACACCACAGCAACAGCAUCCGCCUCCCCCUCCAGCAGCAGCAAUCAACCUGCCAUCAGCCAAGACAGUGUUGCGGCAUAUCGUGGCCUUUUGGAAGCCUCCGCCAAAGCAAGGGGGGCCAAGCAACAUUCUCCUCCGCAGGGAUCUGCUGCCCUACUGCAAUCACUGGCCCUAAGUCCCCAUAGGCCUAGCUCGAGAGAGCAAAAAAAGGCCUCAGCUAUAGAUGAUGAUCAAGAACAUAACUCACCUGCCUACGUUAGCGAGCUUAAUGAACCGCAAUCCCACAUGCGCAGCGCCGAAGAUCAAGCUCCAGCCUAUUCUCCACAUUCGGAGAGAUCUUCCACGGGUUCCGCCUCAGUCCAGGGGGCUCAGCAAUUUUGCCUGCGUUGGAAUAACUAUCAGAGCAACUUGACCAGUGUCUUUGAUCAGCUGUUGCAAAACGAAGCCUUUGUCGAUGUCACCCUGGCUUGUGAUGGGCGCUCUAUAAAGGCCCACAAAAUGGUACUCUCCGCCUGCUCUCCCUACUUCCAGACUCUGUUUUCCACAACACCCUGCCAACAUCCCAUAGUGAUUAUGCGGGACGUUAAUUGGCGCGAACUUAAGGCCAUAGUGGACUUUAUGUACAAGGGGGAGAUUAAUGUGUGUCAAGAUCAAAUUGGCCCUCUUCUGAGAAUAGCCGAAAUGUUAAAAGUCCGCGGGCUGGCCGAUGUGGGAAACAUAGCAAGCUCCAGUGAAACGGCUCAGUUGAGCAACAAAACUGAACCCAGCACUAGUCCCGAUAAGGAAUACUAUUCACCGUCACGUGCCCCUGAAGUCUCGUCCCCCAAAAUGCGUAAAAAGAGCUUGUCCCCUUACUCCAAAAGGCGUUCUUCCGAGCCCCAAGAACAAACGGAUAUGGAUUUGUUAACGCAGCAAGAGACCGAAAAAAGUCGCCUACGCAUGGAGGUGCCAACGUGGGAUUUAAAUUUACCUGCCUCCACCAGUAGAAGCGGUCUAGAGUUACGUUUAUCACCCCUGCAUCAGCAAACGCAUACACCUCUCGUUGGCAGAAAUGUGCGUAAACGGAGAUGGCCUUCGGCCGAUACGAUUUUCAAUCCUCCCGAAAGUCCUCUGGGAAGUUUGAUAGCUGCUGAAAGGGCUGAGCAAGAACGUAACCGAGAGCGGGAGAGAGAAAGGGAAAGAGAUCGUGAAAGAGAACGAGUACGUGACAGAGAUGGUUCUCUGUUUACACCACCGAUGCCGGUAAUAUCAGGUGCUUCCAGCAAUAUACUCGAACCUUCUACACAUCUGGAUUUUCCUUCUCCCUCACCCACGCCCACACCAAAUAUCUUGCCCUCGGGCUCUCGAACACCUGCUACGCUUUUAACUUCUGUCUCACCACAUCUGCAGAUCUCUCAACAGCACCAUCACCAUCACCUACAGCAGCAGCAGCAGCAACAACAACAACAGUCGCAAACUCACCACUCAUCGCAACAUUCACAGCAUAGCAGCGCACAUGGCGGCGCUGGUGGUAGUGGUGGUGGCAGCGGUAGUGCUGGUCAACACCAUAUCUCUGGCCUGCAAUCGCAUCGAUCAUCGCCCGCCUCUUCGGUUACCUCAACACACCCGUCCAGUAUUUUAAGUAGACCCCUAACACCCUCCCCGGCCAGUGUGACUGGCUCAGGGGGAGUUGGUGGCUCAGGUGGUGGUGUCGGUGUCGGUGUCGGUAGUCGCUUAGGCGAUAGUGAUCGCUUCUCCUUGGGUCCGGCUCAGGCGGCUGCCAUGUUGGGUGCUGCUGCCGCCUCACAAAUGGAAUUAAGCGCAUCAGCAGCUUCUAUGGGUAUGCGUUCGUUACCCUCCUCAGGUCAAACAAUGGGCCAAGGGCCAAGUCAUCAUAGUUCUUCGAUAGCGGAUGAUCUCGAGAUAAAACCAGGAAUAGCUGAAAUGAUACGUGAAGAAGAGAGGGCAAAGAUGAUGGAAAAUUCUCAUGCUUGGAUGGGUGGUUCAGGCUCCUCUCUAACAGCAGACAGCUAUCAAUACCAACUGCAAUCGAUGUGGCAGAAAUGUUGGAAUACCAAUCAAAAUCUAAUGCAUCAUCUGCGUUUUCGUGAACGUGGUCCUCUAAAAUCUUGGCGUCCCGAGACUAUGGCCGAAGCCAUAUUUAGUGUUCUCAAAGAGGGUCUCUCCCUUUCACAAGCAGCCCGCAAGUACGACAUACCCUAUCCCACAUUCGUAUUGUAUGCCAAUCGUGUGCACAAUAUGUUGGGACCCUCUAUAGAUGGUGGCCCUGAUCUUAGGCCCAAAGGUCGAGGACGUCCUCAACGCAUUUUACUGGGUAUUUGGCCGGAUGAGCAUAUCAAGGGAGUCAUUAAGACUGUGGUCUUUCGUGAAGGUAAAGAUCUCAAAGAUGAGGGCAUAGCAGCACAUAUGCCACCCUAUGGCCGACACUCGCCUAUUUUUCCAUUUCAGCAGGAGCCCAGCCUUUCCUAUCCCGGAGUGAGUGCUCAGUGUCCCAAUGGCAUACCUACCCCCACGCCCUCGGGGGAUCAGAUGGCACAUGAGGCCACAGCUGCUGCGGUGGCUGCUGUGGCCCACAACAUACGCCAACAAAUGCAAAUGGCUGCCGCUCAACAACAGCAACAGCAGCAGCAACAACAACAACAGCAACAACAACAGCACCAAUCACAUGGCGAUGUGGUGGGAGCUGGACAAGGUCUCUUCAAUCUCCCUCCACAUUUGGCGGGCAGUGGAGCCUUGCCAGUACCCUCAGGUCCGGGGGGUAUGAUGUUACCCAAGGCCAGCAUUUCACCGGCUCUCAGUUCAACCUCAAGUUCCGGAGCUGUAGGCUCAAUGAUGGGUCCACGACAUGCUCCCUCCCCGUGUGGACCCGGGCUGCCUGUCAUAAGCCAGCUGCCACCUGGAGUGGCGGCCGCUCUACAUAUGGCCGGUUCACCAGCAUCACGAUGUGAUCCCUCAACACUUCUAAGUCAGCAACAGCAGCAUCAGCUGCAACAAUUGCAUUUGCAGCAACAACAUGUGUUGCAUCAACAACAGCAGCAGCAGCAGCAACAACAACAACAGCAGCACAAACAUCAUACGCACCAUCAACAUCCGCAUCACCCGGCCCAGCAUCAAUUGUCCUAUGGCCAGCACCACCAUUUAUCCCUAAGUCAUCCAUCCGGUAGUGCAACGAUGGUGGGGCCGCCAACCCACAGCCAUCUGCAGCAUCCAUCUUCCACGGCAACAACGACAGCUUCUUCCACCAAAUCAUCAUCGUCCACCGUUUCGCCUUUAAGGCGAUCCAGUCCGUCGCACAGUGUUUCGCCGCUGACGGAGUUGGGUCUUGAGAUGGCCUUCAAGCCGGCAAGACCCUUCUCACCAUCGCGCCUUUUUGCCGAUGACAUAGCGGAUAUUGUGGGUGCAGCAGCAGCAGCUGCAGCGGCGGCAACAAAUGUCUCUUCAACGUCCUCCUCAGCCUGCACAACAACAGCCACCAUGACCACCGCCACAAUAACAGCGUCUUCGUCCAGCUCCACUUAUGGCCUGCCCACAGCGACGGGAACGGGAGCUAUGGACUCCUCCUCAUCGUCAGCAUUGGGUAGUGUAGCAAUAUCGUCGGCAACGGAUGCCGGUGGUGGAAUGGCCUCAUCGGCUGCCCCCACAACAUCAACGGCGACUGUAGUCUCUUCUGCGGCCAGUAGCAGCAGCAGCAACAUAAGUUCCACGGGCAUUAAACUCGAACCCAUCACUACAACUAGCGAUUAAGGAUAUAACACUUAAAACCACACACACAACACAGACACCCACCAAAACAUUCAUACAACACAACCUUCAAGUAUUAUUUAA